GGACACGCCGCUUGUGUCCCAACAAACAAGCCGCGGUGUGGCCACCAUCGCCUUCAUCCCGACGUCCAUCUCUGGCUUUGACCUUAUGCUCUAGGAAAUUUAAAUGCCGCACGAAACGCCCUCCGUGCAUCUAUGCCAACGCUUCACUUCGCUCAUAUGGGCCUGCCUCGACGCCGAUCUUCACCAGUCUGCAUUAUUCUAUGCUGAGCGGUAUUAUGUCCUCGACACCACAAAUCAUGAUGCUCGUCACCUUUACUCAACUGCACUUCUUUGCUCUGGGCAAGCACAUUCUGCGUUAUACUUUGUCAGCACGGGGGGCGCGGCAGAGUCUCGAUGCACUGGCUGCCUCGAGAUCAAGUCGAGGUGUUGUGCAGCGCUAGGACGUCAUAGGCAGGCUCGAGAGGCAUUGGACGCGAGUAUGCGCGACGCGUCGUACACUCCAAGCCUUUCAAUGGGUCCGAGGAUAACAAAGCCAUUCCCAGAAGAGUCCGUUCUGCACUGUCGCGCAGGGAUGAUGUCGGCGAAGGGAAACCUCACCGAGAGCGCUGUGCUCAGCUUCAGGCAGGCUCUCGCUCUGAAUCCGAUGCUAUGGGACGCGUUCGACGGUCUAUGUUCACUGGGCAUGGUCCCCGAAAUAGAUGAGCUGUUCCCGCCGCGACCUACGCCCGUCAAGCAGACGCAGCCGGAAGAAGCGAGGCCUGUCCCAGUUGCCACAGGUGCCGGAUUUUUCACGCCUGACGCUGGCAACGGCGGUAACCUCUUUCGCGCCUGGAAGCCCGACGCAGGCCAACUGCCACCAUUCCAGAUGGGACAGGUCGGUCCUCGCGAUUCAAUAGCCACCGCCGACUCCUCUUUCUACCCCGACGCGUCCUUCAUCCAGCCAAUGCGAGCAAGUAAGUCGCAGCCGGCGGCGUUGGCGGCUCAUCCACCAGCUGUGCGUCCCCUUUCUUCAGCCGAUGAGGCGGGCCCGGUGACCAAGAAGCUCCGCUCUUCUGUGCGGCAGCGCACGGCUCCUCCCUCUUCAAACGCGGCGGACUUGAACAUGAAUUUGAAGCCUUCCAAGUCUGCUGGCGCACUGCUCCCAAGAGUGGACGAUCGCUCGAAAAGCUCAAAGGCACGCGCACGCCCGGCCCUGACGAAUGCUAACACCUUCUCAUCAUCCGGUCCUGCUCAGACUGCGGCGACGUCCAGAUUACAUGCCGCUGGUGCCGCUAUUGGGAAGCACUCGCGCGAGCAGCAGCCAGCCGCCGGCCCCGGGACAAGACGAAGUACGCGUCUGAACAGCGGCACAAGUAGUAAGCCCCUGGCUACCAAGCACGCGACCGUACGUGACCGCCGGCGAGCUCAGACGAGAGCACGACCCCCUCCAGGAGGUGGGGAGGCUUCUUCACCUUCGCCCCCACCUGCCCCUCAGUCUCCACAUUCGAACGCCUCACCUGGUCCAAGCAGCUGGACGGCUGCACAAGAACGUACCGCACAAGAAGCAUACGAGCUCGAGCUUGCCGAUUACCACAUUUACGAGCUGAUGCGACUAUUCGCUCGUGCAACUAGGGCAAUGGCCCUGUACGAUUGCCGAAAUUGCCUCGAAGAACUCGAGAAGUUGCCCACUACGCACCAAAGGUCCGCAUGGGUGAUGGCCAUGGUCGGCAAAGCUCACUAUGAACUCGGGGAGUAUGCUGCCGCGGAACGCGCCUUCGAGGCCGUGCGCAACCUUGAGCCUUAUCGCGUGUGGGAUAUGGAAGUGUACUCGACACUUCUAUGGCAUCUGCAGCGGAACGUCAAGCUGGCUUUUCUUGCGCAGGAACUGGUCGCGACGGAUCCGCGAGCGCCACAGGCUUGGAUCGCAGUGGGCAACUGCUUCUCCCUGCAGAGGGAGCGCGUGCAAGCACUAACUUGCUUCCGACGCGCGGCACAACUUGAUCCCAACUGCGCAUACGCGUACACGCUCAGUGGCCACGAGUCGAUCGACGAAGACCUGGAUAGGGCCAUCAACUUCUUCCAGUCCGCUUUACGUGCUGAUCCACGACACUACAAUGCAUGUACACCCCAGAACGCCGUGCUGCUGGGGUGCGUGGGCAUGGUCACCGAGCGGGCCGGCGAUCGGGACAAGGCGCUGGACCUGUUCAACGAGGCAGUUCGAAUCUCACCGGACAACGCGCUCGUGCGUUAUCGUCGGGCGAAGAUUCUGAUCCUAUUGAGGAGAUACACGGCGGCAGCAGAAGACCUCGAGUUCUUGCGGGACACGUCGCCGGAAGAGUCGAACGUGAUCUUCCAGCUGGCGAAGGUGUACCGGUUGCAGGGAGACAGCGUGAAGUCGGCGCAGAUGCUGGCGGUGGCGCGCGACGUGUCGCCGAAGAGCGUGAACAAGAUUCGGAAGCUGUUGGAGACGGUCAAGGAUUCGGACGUGAUGGACGAGGGAUGAGGCUGCCAUUGCGCGUCGGACGGUGUACAUAGCGGAGUGGUGUUCGUCAUUAAUUCUCGCGCAUGUUGUUGUACUAGGAAUGCGGCGGAUGGUGUGAUUGCUGCGACGCUGGCGAUGAGGCGUGGCUGGUGCGGGCUCGCGUGCUCUGGUGAGGCGCAGGCAGGCAGCAACCGCCACUGGCGGGGCUGCUGCGACUGGCUGGCUGGCCGCGGGACCUCCCUGGCGCGGACCCGGGAGACGCCGCGAGGCCCGAGCGAGCGGAGGCGCCGGGGACUGGAUUGGGGGC